CCGGGCCCCACAGGAGCAGCCGCCCGGGCGCCGGAGCCGCGGGCAGCGCUGCCGGGAUGAGCACCAGCGCGCUGGGCGGCGGCGGGGACAGUGGCAGCAGCAGCAGCAGCUCGCAGGCCUCCUGUGGGCUCGAGUCCUCAGGCUCCGAACGGGCCCCCGCCGCGCCGGCGGCACGGAUACUACGGGGGCUACUGGGCUCCGACGACGAGGAGCAGGAGGAUGCCAAGGACUACUGCAAGGGUGGCUACUACCCCGUGAAGAUCGGGGACCUGUUCAAUGGGCGGUACCACGUGGUGCGCAAGCUGGGCUGGGGCCACUUCUCCACCGUCUGGCUCUGCUGGGACAUCCAGCGCAAGCGCUUCGUGGCCCUCAAAGUGGUGAAGAGCGCAGGGCAUUACACGGAGACAGCUGUGGAUGAGAUCAAGCUCCUGAAAUGUGUCCGAGACAGUGACCCCAGUGACCCCAAAAGAGAAACCAUUGUCCAGCUCAUCGACGACUUCAGGAUCUCAGGGGUUAAUGGAGUCCACGUGUGCAUGGUACUGGAGGUCCUAGGCCACCAGCUCCUCAAGUGGAUCAUCAAGUCCAACUACCAGGGCCUGCCCGUGCCCUGCGUGAAGAGCAUCGUGAGGCAGGUGCUGCGCGGCCUGGAUUACCUCCACACCAAGUGCAAGGUCAUCCACACGGACAUCAAGCCUGAAAACAUCCUGCUGUGUGUGGGCGACGCCUACAUCAGGCGCCUGGCUGCGGAGGCCACGGAGUGGCAGCGGUCAGGGGCCCCGCCCCCAUCCCGGUCCACAGUCAGCAGUGCCCCCCAGGAGGUGUUGACCGGUAAGCUGUCCAAAAACAAGAGGAAGAAGAUGAGGCGCAAACGAAACCAGCAGAAGCGGCUGCUGGAGGAGCGGCUUCGGGACCUGCAGAGGCUGGAGGCCAUGGAGGCAGCCGCCCAGGCCGAGGACUCUGGCUCAAGACUAGAGGGGGGCAGCGGCUCCACCUCCUCUUCCGGCUGCCACCCUGGGGGGGCCGCGGCCGGCCCCUCCCCGGCCUCCUCCUCCCCUGCCCCCGGGGGCAGCCGCAGCCUCAGCCCCAGCUCCCAGACCUCAGGCUUCUCGGGCUCCCUCUUCUCCCCCGCCUCGUGCUCCAUCCUCUCAGGCUCUUCCAACCAACGCGAGACCGGGGGCCUCCUGUCACCCAGCACACCAUUUGGUGCCUCCAACCUCCUGGUGAACCCCCUAGAGCCCCAAAAUGCAGACAAGAUCAAGAUCAAGAUCGCAGACCUGGGCAACGCCUGCUGGGUGCACAAGCACUUCACCGAGGACAUCCAGACACGGCAGUACCGGGCCGUGGAGGUGCUGAUCGGCGCCGAGUACGGGCCCCCGGCCGACAUCUGGAGCACGGCGUGCAUGGCCUUCGAGCUGGCCACUGGCGACUACCUGUUCGAGCCACACUCCGGAGAAGACUACAGUCGUGACGAGGGUAGGGGGAGGCAGGCCCUGGGCUCGGCCUCGGGGUCUCCCGGCCGCCCGGCUUCCUCCCAGCCCCCUGUCUAUUCACAGACCACAUCGCCCACAUCGUGGAGCUGCUGGGAGACAUCCCCCCGGCCUUUGCCCUCUCGGGCCGCUAUUCCCGGGAGUUCUUCAACCGGAGAGGAGAGCUGCGGCACAUCCACAACCUCAAGCACUGGGGCCUGUACGAGGUGCUCAUGGAGAAGUACGAGUGGCCCCUGGAGCAGGCCACGCAGUUCAGCGCCUUCCUGCUGCCCAUGAUGGAGUACAUCCCCGAAAAGCGGGCCAGCGCGGCCGACUGCCUCCAGCACCCUUGGCUCAAUCCCUAGGCCCGGCUGGUGCUUUGGGCAGCGUGGGACGGUCCUGGCUGCCCCCGACCCCCAGCCCUCAGUGCCUUCAGGGAAAGCAGGACGGCUCCGCCCCACCCACCCUGCUGAGUGCCUCACACCGCCCGCCCGCCCUCUCACCCCCCCCCAGCAGGGCAGACAGAUACCAGGGCCAGGCCUGCCUUUCAGAAUUCGUUCUGCCCCCAACCCUCGCAGAGGGCCCUCUGAAUGGGAAGCGCGCUGCCUGUUUUCUUAAUAAAGUGUGACUGAAACACC